AUAUUUAUAUUUAUUAUAUUAUGCCAAAUAUUAAGUCUAUUUGGAAUGUUCAACAAAAGCAAUUUGCCUCUGGUCCACAUUGUCGCCUAUCUCUUCUGGACUCCCCUUUGGGAUCCUGAUUCUGAAAGGUUGAAAUUAACAUUGAGAAGUGGAGCCUGGGACCCCAUCUUGCCUUCCCAUGGGGCCUGGCCUCAGACAACUAUGGACAUUCUGCCAGGACUUAAUUUUGUAGCAGGCUGUGGGGUUAUUUAUUUAUUUUAAAACUAUUUUUUCAAGUUAUGCAAGUUGUACGCACACAUAUUCAUGUUUAAAAAAAUUUUUUUAAUGUUUAUUUAUUUUUGAGAGAGAGAGUGUGUGAACAGGGGAGGAGCAGAGAGAGGGGGAGACACAGAAUCCCAAGCAGGCUCCAGGCUCCAAGCUGUCAGCACAGAGCCCAAUGUGGAGCUCGAACUCAGAGCUGUGAGAUCAUGACCUGAGCUGAAGUUGGAUGCCCAACUGACUGAGACACCCAGUUGCCACACACACAUAUUCAUGUUUUAAAAAGAAAAUUAGUAAAUUAGUACAGAACCUAGGAAGCCGCCGUCAUAAGUGACCACAAGUGGCCUAUAAGGUACUUCAUGCUCUGGACCUCUAUUCUCUGCCUUAGCUCAUCUCCCUCCUCCCCUCAGUCAUGCUGUGACCCAUAUCCUUACUGUCUUCUAACACACCCACCACAGGGCCCUUGUACUUGCUUUCUUCUCUGCCAGGAAUGCCCUUCACCUGCAUAUCCCCACUGCUUACUCUCCAAGCUCCUAAAGGUCACUGUUCAAAUAUUAUUUAAAGAGAGAGCUCUUCCCAGACCAUCAGUAUAAAAUAGCACUGUCACUGCCAUUAUGCUUUAGCUCCCUUAACCUAAUUUGGUCUUACAACAUUUAUCAUCACCUGGCUUAUUACAUAUUUAUUUGUUGCCUGCCUCUCCCUACUAGAACGUAAGUUCUAUGAGAGAAUGCAAGUUCCAUGACUUUUUGUUGUUUCUACUAUAUGCUUAGUGCCUGAAAUAGUGGCACAUAGUAAGUGCUCAGUAAAUAGUUAUAGACUAAAUAAAUGAAUUAAUGAAGACCACAGUAAAAAGUAAGAAUCACUCUCUCUUAUGUGCUCACUCCCUUUCCACAUUUCUCAAUUCUUAGCACUGUAACAGUGUGUCCUUCUAGAAAUGUUCUUUGCAUGUAAAAGAAUACCUAGAGGUUUCUGCUUCUAGUUAGGAGAUAGAAGGAUUUGAAAAACUUUUGGUAAUGGGAAGCAACAAUACUUUUCAAUGGGACUAGCAAAAAGUGAUAGAUGCAAAAAAGUCUUGAUGAAAUAUAUUCUAGAGAGAAAUGAGCCCUUCCCAAGGAUAGCAAAAAACUAUUCUGCCAGGACUUAAUUUUGUAGCAGGCUAGCUUCCUGGGGAAUGGGCGGAUGUAGGUAGAUGUAGGAGUGGGGUUUUUUUUCCCCGUUGAAGAUGCCCAUCUGGAAGGACGAGUGUGAGUAAGGGAAGUAGGGAAGGGAUUGCAGGAGUUGGGAAUACUGUGUGCAGAGAUAGCGCUGUCUGGGGACCAGUGCAAGUGUGACUUUGGUCUGGAAUGGAGGAGUAGACCUGCGAAAGACAGAGAACUGACAAGGAGAAGCCAGCAGGGCUUUAUAUACCGCGUGUGCUGGUUGGAGGGAUUGGAAUCUGAAGGACCCUCGGGUUCAGUCAGAAGACAUUAACCACACGAGGAAGUUGAAAAAGGAAGAUUUCACGUAAAGAAUUGCUAACUACAUAAAACAUGCUUAACUACUGAAAGAGGUAAAGGAGAACUCUAAAGUAGUAACUGCAGAAAGCAGUACUAAAGCUGACAGAAACUAAGUGAUGAAGGAACUUAGACUCAGAGGAAGGGGCCCCUGCAAGGCUGAGAUUCAGACCUCUGUGGAAACGGUGUGUUGACACACAUUGGAGAUUGCCUGCUGCUGAAGCUAGGACCAUCCUCCCUCUCUAGGAAACACUGCCAGGGCCCCUGCACGCUGAUCCAUUUGCCCCCAGGUAGAAAAACAAAACACGGCAGGAAGAAAACGUCCCUUCCUUCUCUUUCAGGUUUGCAAUGUCUUUCCAAUGCCCUCUGUUGACAGGGUCUAGCAUCAAGCCAGCUGGCAAGGGAGAAGUGCAGUCUGUAGAAUCACCCCAGGGUCACAGAAUAGGGCAAAGAAAGAUGGGUUUGUUGCUGAAGCCAUACAUUAAGUGGCACAAAUUACAUACGUAAAAAAUACACAAAAAGACCACAAAUUCAUCUCUUCCUUUCUGAAUUUUGCUAAGACAGCACCACUGGGGGAGGGGCUCACAGGCAGAGAAAAAUCAUGCAGUUUCAGACAUUCUCCUGGGUUUUGGACUCUGGGGGCCCUGUAAGAGUUGAAUUCAAAAGUAAACAGAGAAUAGAGGACACUGGUUAGGAGUUGGGCAAAUCAGAGGUAAACCCGAUCUGAACAAAGCAGCAGCCCAACAUCAAGUCAAUUCAACUCUGAGCAAGUGUGUUCCAUUUGCCACUGUUUUUCUAUACACAAUUCCUGGAGUACAGUUUUUAAAAAGAGACACAUGUAAAGAAACAGAGAAAUGUUAGUCAUGAUCCAGAAAAAUUCAGACAAUAGAAACAUGUCUACAGGUGGCCCAGGCAUUGGAAUUAUCAGGUAAGUACUUCCAACUAAUUAUUACAAAUAUAGUAAAUAAUUUAAGGAAAAGAGAUGGAUAUUGCAGAAGAGCAAAGGAAACUCUAAAAAUAAAAACAAGUGGAAGUUGAAAUCCUAGAACUGAAAAAUAAAAUACAAAACAUAAAAAAAAAAAUCACUGGAUGGGCUUCAUAGCAGAAUAGUGACUGAAGAACAAUGGAUAAAUGAACUUGAACCAACUAGGAAAGAAAGCAAUGAUAUAUAGCCAAGAAGCCAAAAGCAGGGAUGGAGUGGAACUCUAAAAAAUGACUCAAUUAAUAUAAAAGAAGGCAAGAAAAGAGAAAUAAAAGUAGUACACAAGUAGUAUAAAAGUAGUAUACAAGUACUACAAGUAGACAAGUAGUACACAAAUAGCCAAAUGGUAGGCUCAAAGUUAACUCUUUCAAUAAUUAUAUGAAAUACAAAUGGACCAACCACUUUAAUUUAAAGACAGUAAUUGACAGACUGCGUAACAACAACCAAAAACUUAACUGUGCUGGCUACAAGAGACACGUUUUCAACGUAAAAAUUGAAAAUAGGUUACAAGUAAAAGAUCAAUGAAAGAGAAACCAUGUAAACAUUAACCGUGAGAAAGACGGAGUGACUAUAUUAAUAUCAUACAAAGACUUAAAGACGGGCAAUUCUAUCAGAAAUAAAGAAGGGCACUCAUAAUGAUAAAAGAGUCAAAUCAUCAAGAAGGUAUUAAAAUAGUAAGUGAGGGGCCCCUGGGAGGCUCAGUCGGUUGAGUGUCCAACUCUUGAUUUCAGCUCAGGUCAUGAUCUUACAGUUUGUGAGGUCGAGCCCCACACAGGGCUCUGCACUAACAGCAUGGAGCCUGCUUGGGAUUCUCACUCCCUCUCUCUCUGUCACUCCCCCUGCUUGCUCACGUGCAUGCAUGUUGUCUCUCUUUCUCUCUCUCUCUCUCAAAAUAAACAAACAAAAAAACCUCUCUUAAAAAAAACUUAAAUGUAUUUGCACCAUAAAAACAAAGUUCAAAAUACAUGUAGCAAAAGCCAUCAGAACUAAAGGGACCAGGGCCCUCAGGUGGCUCAAUCAGUUAAGCAUCUGACUCUUGAUCUCAGCUCAGGUCCUGAGCUCAGGGUCAUGAGUUCAAGCCCCAUGUUUUGCUGGGUAUGAAGCCUACUUAAAAAAAAAAAAAGAACUAAAGGGGCAAAUAGACAAAUUCACAAUUUUAUAGUUAGGCAGAUUUACAAUUAGAUACAAUUAGAUUUACAAUUUACAAUUAGAUUUACAAUUAGAUUUACAAUUUUAAUAUCACCCUUUCAGUAAUUGCUAGAACAACUAAGACAAAAAUUUAUAAGAAUAUACAGAAUUUAAACAGCACUAUCAACCAGCUUAACCUAAUAUUUAUAGAACACUAUAUUGUACAACUGCAGGAUACUCAUUCUUUUCAAAUACACGUGGAACAUUCACCAAGAUAGACCAAAAGCUGGUAUAUGAAACAAGUCCCAAUACAUUUCACAGAAAUGAGAACAUACAGAAUGUUUUAAAAGUCAAUAACAGAAACAUAUCGGGAAAAUUUCAAAUAUGUGAAAAUUAAAAACAAGCUACCAAAUAACCCUUGAAUUAAAGAAAAGAUUAUAAGGGAAAUUAGAAAAUAUUUAAACUGAUGGAAAAUGAAAAGAAAAGGGGCGCCUGGGUGGCUCAGUCAGUUAAGCGUUCGACUUCUUCGGCUCAGGUCAUGAUCUCGUGGUUCAUGGGUUCGAGCCCUGCGUCCGGCUCUGUGCUGACAGCUCGGAGCCUGGAGCCUGCUUCAGAUUCUGUGUCUCCCUCUCUCUCUGCCCCUCCCCUGCUCACACUCUGUCUCUCUCUGUCUCUCAAAAAUAAAUAAAUGUAAAAAAAAAAAUUUUUUUUUUUUUUUAAAGAAAAAAACCUAACAUACUCAAACUUGUUGGAUAUGGCUAAUGGAGGGCUUGGAGAGGAAUUUAUGGGUUUUUUUUAAUUGUUUUUUUCAUGUUUAUUUAGUUUUGAGAGAGAGGGAGGGCAUGAGCGGGGAGGGGCAGAGAGAGAGGGAGACAGAGGAUAUGAAGCUGGAUAUGUCUCUGUGCUGACAGCAGAGAGCCUGAUGUGGGGCUUGAACUCACAAACCGUGAGAUCAUGACCUGAGCUGGAGUUAGAAGCUUAACCUACUGAGCCACCCAGAUGCCCCAGGAAUUAUGGUUUUAAACAAUCAUAUUAGAAAAAGAAAAAAGGUCUAAAAUCAAUUACUUAAACUUCCACCUUAAGAAGCUAGAAAAAGAAGAGCAAAUUAAACCCACAGUAAGUAGAAUGAAGGAAGCAGUCAAGUCAAAAGCAAAAAUCAGUGGACCAAAAAACAGAGUAGAGAAAUAUUAGCAAAACCAAAAGUUGAUCCUUUAAAAAGAUUAAUAAAAAUAGUAAAACCAAAAGUUGAUCCUUUGAAAGAUUAAUAAAAUUGAUACUGUCUAGCAAGAUUGAUUAAGAAAAAGAAAGAAAAAUGCAAAUUAUCAGUAGAGGAAUGGAGAGAGGACAUCUCUACAGAUAUUAAAAUAUUAAAAUGAUAAUAAGGAAGUUUUAUGAACAAUUUAUGCUAAUAGAUUCAACAAAUUCUUUGAAAAAUACAACUGUAUCAAAUCUGUUGCAAGAUGAAAUAGAAAACCAAAAUAGUUCUCUAUGUUUUAAAUAAAUUGAAUUUAUAACUAAAAACCUUCCCACUAAUAGAACUUCAUACUUAGAUGACUUUCUUGGUGAAUUCUAUCAAAUAUUUAAUUCAGAAAUAAUACCAGUCUCACACAAGUUCUUUGAGAAAAUAGAAGAGAACACUUCCACUUUGUUUUUUGAAGUCAUCCAUCAUAAUCCUGUCUCCAACCUUGACAAAGGUAUAUAAGAAAAGAACAUUAGAAACCAAUAUUCCUCAAAACAGAAUAAAAGAUAGAAAUUAUUUGAUCAUCUCAAUAGAUGGAGACAAAGAAUUUUACAAAAUUCAAUGUCCAUUCAUGACAACAAAAUAAAACAAAACAACAACUGUUAGGAAACUAAAAAUAGAAGAGAUUUUCUCAACCUGAUAAAGGGCAUCUUGUAUAUGCCUAAAGAUAAAUACCAUACUUAUCGGAAAAUUUUUCCCUAAGAACAGGACCAAGCCAGGAUGUUCUCUUUCAUCAUUUAUGUUCAUCAUUGUCCCAGAGGUUCAAGCCACUAUAGCAAUGCAAGAAACAGAAAUUAAGAAAAAUUGAAAGGUAAAAACAUUGGAAAGAAAAAAAUGCAAUUUUUAAUUCACAGAUCAGUUUGUGUAUAUAGAAAAUCUGAAGAUGUGUACAAAAUGUCUCACUAGAUCCGGUCAUUUAGAAGUAGUUUAGUAGCAGGAGACAAAGUCAAUGUAUUUCUAUAUAAAAGCAACAAUUGGAAAAUAAAGAAAAAAUGCCAUUCCAAUAGCAUCAAAAAACAAAAUACACUUAGUAAUAAAUUUAACAAAAUGUGUGCAUGAUAUCUACACCAAAAACUACAAAACAUUUCUGAAAGAAACCAAAGUCAUAAGUAGACAGAGAAAUGUACUAUGCGUAUGGACUGUAAGACUCAAAUUUCAAUUCUCCCCAAAUUGGCUGUCAGCGGGUUUUUGACACUUACAUGGAAACUCAAAUGAAAAUUAUGAAGUAAUCAUGAAAAAGGGAAAGCAAGAGGACUCACAUUACCUAAUUUUACUAUAAAGUUAUAGUAACCAUAAGAGUUGGUAUUAACAUAAAGAUAGACACAUAUGUCAAUGAAAUAGAAUAAAUAGUCCAGAAGUAAACUAAAAUUCACAUGGUUGAUUUUGAAAAAGGCACGAAAGCAAUUCAAUGGAGAGAGAAAAGUCUUUUCAACAAAUUGUGUUGGGGGACUGAAUAUCUAUAUGUGGGAAGAAGGAAUCCUGACCUGUAUCUCACACCAAACACAGUAAUUAAUUUGAAAUAAAUCAUAGACUUUAAACUAUAAGCAGGGGUGAGAAAAAAAAAUCUUGGAGAGGACACAAAAACCGAAAAUCAUAAAACAAAAAUUUGCUGUAUUGGACUUCAUAAAAAACAAAAAAACAGAAACACCCUUCUGCUUGUUAGAAGACACUAUUUAGAGAAUGAAUAGGCAAGCCACACAGUGUUUUGUAGUAUAUAUAUUUGACAAAGGAAUUGUAUCCAAAACACAUUAAGAACUUCUACAGUUCAAUACUAAAAAAAAAGGCAAACAUAAUAAAUAUUAAUAAUAUUCAGGGAAAGGACUUGAACAGGCACUUUAAACAGAAGAUACAUGAAUGGCCAAUAUACACAUAAAGAGGCGUUCAAUGUCUUUACUCAUCUAGGAAAUGCAAAUUAAAUUCUACCAGGUUGGAAUGGCGAAAAUGAACGACCGCGCCAGCAUCCCUGGGAAAUUGCUCAGCAUUUCCUUAUAAAGUUAAACCGAAACCUAGCGUGUGACCCAACAAUCCCACUUCCAGGGGUUUACUCCAGAAAAUGAAAACAUAUGUCUGCAAAAGACUUGUACAUGAAUGUUCUUAGCAGAUUGAUUCAAAAUUGCUGAAAAUUGGAAACACUCCAAAAGGCUAUCAACAGGUAAAUGGAUUAACAGACUGUGGUAUAGUCAUCUGGUGGGAUACUACUUAGCUGUAAAAAUAAACCUACGGUAUAUGUAAAAAUAGGUUUAUGAACUAAUAAAGCCAGCUGCAAAAGAGCACAAAUUGUAUGAUUCCAGUUUGUGAAGUUCAAGAACAGAGAAAACUAAUUUUUGGUGAUAGCAAUCAGAACAGUGGUUGCCUUUGAAGGAGGGGUGUUGACUGGAAGGAGGCGUAAAGGAAAUUUCUAGGGUGAUAAAAAUAAUCUCUAUUGUGAUUAGGGUGUGGGUUACAUUAGCAUAUAUACAUUUAUCAAAACUCAUUUAGCUGUACCCGUAAGACCUGUGCAUUUCACUGUGUAUAAAUUAUACUUCAAUUAAAACAAAUGUUUUUAAUUUGGAAAAUAUAAAUUUAAAUGGAAAGCUUCAUUUGCACAAAUUAGCCUGGGAAUAAAAAAAGUAUAGUAAUAUUACAAGAAGGGCUAUCAGAGUUUCAUCUUCCCAGAGGAUGUAGGACAAAAAAUGCCUUUCAAUGAUAGCAAAGACUUCUACAGAAAAUCAUAUCUGACUUAACACACCACCAGAGCUGAUAAGAUAAAAGGCAGUAUUUCCCCUAAUUGAAAGGUUGCUGUAUACCUCUUGUACUGGAUGAAUAGUGUCCAUCUGGAACCCCAGAAUGUGUCUUUAUUUGGAAAUACGAUCUUUGUAGAUGUAACUAGUUAACAUGAGGUCAUAAUGGAUUAGGGUGGGCCCUAAGUCCAAUGACUACUGUCAUCAUAAGGAGGCCAUGUGGAGAUACAAAGACACCAAAGAGGGAUAAAGGCCAGGUGACAAUGGAGGAGGAGUUUGGGGUGAUGUUGGACUACUAGCCAGGAAUGGCAAGGAUUUCUGUCAACCACCAGAACCACCAGAAUAGAAAGAUGCAUGAAACAGAUUCUCAGAUUCUCCUUCAUGGCCCCAAGAAGGAAUCAACCUUGCUUGAAACUUUGAUCUCAGACUUCUAGACUCUUCGCUUGUGAGAGAAUAAAUUUUUGUUGUUUUAAUCCACCACAUUUGUGGUGAUUUGUUACAGUAGCACUAGGAGGCUAAUACACUACUCAGUCUGUCUUCUAAAUCUUCAUCCAUGUCACCAGGGAGAAUAUAACUGGAGGCUGUGGUGUACCAUUAGAGACAACCAGCAGGUUGGUGUUAUCAUUAAUCAUGCAACUUGGGGCCUGGGUGGUAUAUCUUUAGUUAUGAUUGUACCCAAAAGCAUUAUCCUGUUAACUAACUGAUCCAUGAGGUAUUCUUGGGAAAUUUUGUCAAAUACCUGUGGCAACCAACACAGGCCAUGGUUAUAGCAUUCCUCUGAUUUCCAACCUAAUUUCUACCCCCUUUCACAAGUACAUCUAGCUAGGUGAAGCCUUAAACUUCAAGGGGAUUUGCUCUUAGAAAGCCAAUGUUCCAAUAUUAGUGAUUAUCACUUUCUUUUAUAAGAGCUUACUAAUUUCCACAUCCAGAAUCCAACCUGUUUUGAAAUGUGGGAUGCACUAUGCCCCUCCGCUCUUUCAGUCCUGCUCUCCCAUCUAUGAUUCUUGAAAAUUUCCAACCACAGCUCUGAGACCCUCUUUGUAAACUCCUGCAGCACCCAAGGGGAUGUUUUGUCUGAGCCGGAAGAGAUUUGAGCUCAUUGGAGUGAUCAGCAGUUUAUCAAUAUCCCUGCCUCCCCCUCUGUGCUGUGUUCCACUGCUUCCAGUUUGAGAUCCUUUGCUUUUCUGUCCUAAACUGAUAGAAACAAAUAGUUUCUGGCAUGUCACUGCCACUUGAGUACUCCCCAGUCUAUUUUGAGCAGUAGGCUAAUUCUGUCCUUGUUCUGCCUAGUCUGAAAAAUAAAAAUUAACCCAACAAACGACACAUCCCUGUAUUCUUUAGUGCUUUUUGUGACUGUCAGCUCCUUCUGUGUUUUGACUUCUGCUGAGACUUUUCUUCCUGCCUUCUUUCUGCCAGUAUGAAAGGCUUGUCCUAGAUUAGGCAUGCUGCCGGCUGCAAGCGUUUUUCUGUUUGCAUCGUGUCCUGAUGCCCCUUUGUGUCUCCAGGGCCUGACACAAAUGCGUUGCACCUUGUAAGCGUUCAAUAAAUAUUCAUAUAGAUGCGGAUUUUUCAAAAGGUAAACUUUGAACGCUAAUUAAGAAUUGAUUUAACUGUUGUUAUAUGGCCUCAGGAGACCUUUGAGAAGGGGAGAGGAUUUGGAAAGUUAUCCAGGAAGCCCCUGUUUGCUGACUGCUAAGCCACUGGAGAGGAGUAAGACAAAAGAGUCGUUCUCUUUUUCCUUUUUUGACCUUUCCUUUAGCAACCAAGAAGUGGAAGACCACAAUUGCAUUGUUAUAAUGCACUCUUCCCUCCCUUUCCUUUUAUGAGUCAAUCAAAUCAUAUUUGCUGAGGAUUCACUGUGUGCAAGGCCACAAGAGGUCCCAGAAGCUUUCGCCCAGCCCAGAUAUGGUGGUAAUAACCUCACUGACUUGUCUCGGGCUGUGUGCAAGGCUUCUAGUCUGCAGGAGUCAGCUUUUAAAAGGCAGUAUCUCCGGGCCAGAAAGAAAAGCCUUGGGAGAGGACACUCCUUGGGGCUCAGCAUCCUGUUAAUAACUAGGCCAUCCCAGGUGCCUGCGGAGACAGGCUGGACUGCGCAUUAGCUGUGUGACCUCUGACAAGACACGGAGCUUUUCUGAGUCAUCAACAGUGUAGAUUUGACAGACUCUUUGUCUGUAUAAUGGGGGUACCUAGCAACACUCGCCUUAAAAACUUGCAGUGAGAAUUCAACAAAGUAACAUAUGCAUGCAUAUCUGCUUUAUUAGUUCAUUUAUUCAUUCAUCUGCUGUUGGUUGCUUUGUUGGUCCUUCAGCAGGACCCUGUGCACAACCGUGUCUACCAGAGACUGCGCUGGAGGGAGCCAAGGGGAUGCAAGUGUGAGGGAAACAGCUGACGAGGGGCUGUGUCCCAAGGCUGGGGUGCUCUGUGGGGAGAAGGGCUUGCUCAGGGAAGACCUGAGAGAUAAACUUGGCUGUUUUGCCACGGGCUGGCAGGCCUGGCCCACAGCGAUCUGUCUUUGUGGUCACUGCCUACCACCUUGUCUGGACGGUGUGCUGUGACCGCUUCACCUGCUUGAGUGACCUGCGAGUGUCACUGGGCUCAGAGCCAUCCUGGGAGACUGAGACUGAGAAGCUGUGUGCUAACAGCACAGGCGUGGAGGAUUCAGCCGUACCACAUGCCAGUGGGACCCCCCCCGGAAGGGGUCACAGGUGUGUGCACAGGCCUGUGUCUGUGUGUGGGGGGGCAGUUUGUAAAUGAGGAAAGGCUGGAAGUCAAGGACACCUGGCGACCUGUAUGCUCUGCUUUCCUUCCCUCCUCCUGAGAGUGUCUGGGAACGGGAUCUUCCUGGGCUCAUCUCCAUGUCCCCUAUGGUCUCUGCACAGAGCCUGGCACACAGUAGGUGCCCUGAAAAUAUUUGUCAGAUGAUGCAAGGGAUGAGACAGGUGGGAAGAGUCCAUUUCUGGCCAGCGUUUCCCUUCUGAGGACCCAAGAAGUUGCUUUUUGACCCUGGUCUUGUAGUUCCAGGAAGCCCAUGGGGCCACCAGUCUGUAUAAGUGUAGCCUUUGGGGGACGCUGGUCAGAGAAGCAGUGACCUGCUUACCAUGCCCGGGAUGGGAUGAUGCUGUGACCACACUUAACAGGACAAUUGAGAAGCCUUUGUGAUCCUGGGUGGUCAGAAGCAAAUUAGGAGACCGCAUUUUGUUUUCCUCCCUUUAAGUUAAAGAAAAACCAUCUGGGGAAAGUUCCCUUGUUCCAGCCCUCCCUUCUCUUCACAGACGUGCUGAUAGUUCGCACUCCUAAUAUUUGAAGACCCUGGGGUUUUUCUUUGUGAAAUAAGCGGGGAGAGUGAAUCAGCCUGUGACGACUACAUGUGCAGGUGGUGUGGUGAUCCACCCCACCUCUCCGCCUCAUGGCUUUCUAGAGAGCUGUAGAACCUCCCAAUGCCACAGUGUCAGCAGCGGCCUCACACCAGGAAGCGGGUAUAAUCUAGAUGGGAGACAGCGCUCUACGAUGCCCUGUGGGAAGAGCACCUCUUCUGCCUGUGAGCGAUUUGUCACUUCCUUCUGUAAGACUGGCACCAGCAGACAUGCAGUCUCAGAGGAUCCCGGGGAGAAAGCGAGGCCGACCCCCACUGCACUCAACACCUAUGAAGAUGGCAGUGCAUAACCUUUAUUCUGCUUCAGCUGGUUCUUUGCCAGCAGCGAAGAUCCCAAAGAAAAGAGGGCGGAAGCCUGGGUACAAGCUCAAGUCUCGGGUUCUUAUGACUCCUUUAGCCCUCUCGCCUCCACGGAGCACACCGGAGCCCGACCUCAGCUCCAUCCCUCAGGAUGCAGCCACCAUACCCAGCUUGGCCGCCCCACAGGCUCUCACAGUCUGCCUCUACAUCAACAAGCAAGCCAACGCAGGGCCAUACCUGGAGAGGAGGAAGGUGCAGCAGCUCCCUGAGCACUUCGGGCCCGAGAGGCCGUCGGCAGUCUUGCAGCAGGCCGUGCAAGCGUGCAUUGACUGUGCCCACCAGCAGAAGCUUGUCUUCUCCCUGGUCAAACAAGGCUAUGGUGGUGAGAUGGUAUCAGUGUCGGCAUCCUUCGAUGGGAAACAGCACCUGCGGAGCCUGCCUGUGGUGAAUAGCAUCGGGUACGUCCUCCGUUUCCUCGCCAAGCUGUGCCGAAGCCUUCUGUGUGAUGACCUCUUCAGCCACCAGCCCUUCCCCAGGGGCUCCAGUGGCUCUGAGGAAACCCAGGAGAAGAAGGAAGGCAGAAUGGAGUCAGCAAAAACAGUCACCACUGAGGAGUGCCUGGCGAACCCUGUGGGCAUGAACCGCUACAGCAUGGACCCCUCCGCCUCCACCUUUAGCCACAGGGGCUCCUUGCCCACCUCUUCCUCGCUGUACUGCAAGAGACAGAACUCUGGAGAUGGCCACCUUGGGGGAGUCUUGGCCACCACUGCCAGUGGUCCCCGCUCCAGCCCCAUGUCCUCUGGAGGCCCCUUGACACCUGGGCUGAGGCCCCCAGGCUCCAGCCCCAAGAGAAACGGGACCCCUCUUGAAGGAAACAGAUGUGCCUCAAGCCCUUCCCCAGACGGACAGGAUGCCAGGCGGCCCCGGAGCAGGAACCCCUCCACCUGGACUGUGGAGGAUGUGGUCUGGUUCGUGAAAGACGCUGACCCGCAGGCUCUGGGGCCUCACGUGGAACUCUUUAGAAAGCACGAGAUUGAUGGCAAUGCUCUCUUGUUGCUGAAGAGUGAUAUGAUCAUGAAAUACUUGGGUCUGAAGCUGGGCCCUGCGCUGAAACUGUGCUACCAUAUUGAUAAACUGAAGCAAGCCAAAUUCUGAAGGUUUUUAAAAGAUAGAAGCAAUGUCCAGACAACAGAUCUCAAGAUCAUCUUCUGCCUUACCAACAUCCAGCCACCAUCAUAAAAUGGAUUCUCUUCCUAAAAUUAACAGCCACAAAGACUUGGCCUUUAAAAAAAAAAAAAAUCGUGCAUCUCUGCCUUUAAAAACAAAAAAUUCAACAUGACCCUUUUGAAAGGCUCCUCUGUGUUAAUGAUUUGCCAAAAAUUAUGGAAAAGCCUGUUAUUUUAACAUUCCUGGUAGGCUGGUUGCUCUUAGAGUGGGUCCUAUUUUUAUGAUGAGAGAGCAGGGAACGGAAUGCUAUUGCCCAAGAAGAACCCUGAAGCAUUCUCACAAAGAUGUGAGAAGAAAGACCUCUGUCUCCACCACAGCACCACCUGUCUUUAAGUCUGCCCUGGGGACCUAUCAUUGUGAGCCUUGCUUAAUUCAGCUCUGGAAGCUGUCUUAUGAGGGAAAAAUGCCUCACUUUGCACUAUCUGGAAAACUUGAAUUCUUUUGCCCUCUGACAGAGAAGAAAAAAGUCUUUUCUAUUCCUAGUUAUUUGAAAUACUGUGUUGUCCCACUAGAGGGCAGACUGUUAAUGAAGUUUCAGGACCCUCACUGCAGUAGCCUGCUGAUCCGGUACUCCGUGGAUGGGUUAGGGUCUCUGUGAACAAGAUCUAGCCUACACAGACACGGGGAAUUUCUUCCACAGUCAGCACCACAGAUUGCAACUUGGGAAGAAACCGUCUCUUAGAGCAUUCUAGUUCAUACCCAGUCAUUAUUGAUGGACUGAGAUGCACAAGCAGCAAAGGCAAAAAUCUGGAAGUAUGUUCUUCCCAGAUGGGGCUUUGGAGUCCCUUCCUUUUCAGAGUCCUUACUGAGGUGUUGAUGUGUUGGCACGCCGAAGAGUCUUAGUGACAUUUAGCCAUGGGUGUUUCUUUAAAAAAGAAGAAGAAAAAUGUCUCAGAUAAGCUUUGAAAUGGAAGAGUGUUGAUUUCUAGUUACAUUGCCGGAUUACGUAGUUGUAUCGCUAGCUAAUUUUUCUAGUUCUCAACAAAUACACAGACAUGCUAUUAUUGGGUUUAAUUCAAUUUACAAAUAGGUUUUCUCCUUCCUCACUGUGAAGUAAUAGAAAAAAAAUUGAUUUUUUACCCCUUUGCAGCUGUGUCCAAGGAAGGACGAUGAAACCACAAUUGAAUAGGCAGGAAGGUGACCUCAUCUCCAUUCCUUUUAUCCUUCUCCUUUCUUUCUGUCCCUCUUUCUUUUAUUCUUCCUUCCUCACUGAACAGGAAGCGUAUCUUCAAACUGAAUUCACCUUCGCCAUGGGCAUAUCCUCUUAAAACAUCUAUAGCGUUGGAGGUGAGGAGAUGAAUGCUAGACUUUGCAAUCUCUGGGAGGGAGAGGAUCAAGGAAAACUCAGGGCCUCCCAUGGCCAAAAUGCAAGUUAGGGAAAGCAUACCUUCCUCUGGGAUGCAGCCGGCAGAGCAGAGCAGGGGUCUCACCUGAUGGCUGGAGCAGGGUGGGAUUUCAGCCCCUCAUCCUUCAACCAGGUGCCCUGGUGCAGGACAGGGGCUGCCAGGGUAGAUCUGAAUGCUGAUCUUCUCUUCGAUCAGGUAGAACUUAGAUGAAGAUCCUAAGGAAGAUUCCAUGCCAUGCCGUUAGACCCAUUUUGAUGAGCGAUAAUCGAGAAAGCCCAUCAUAGCAAAAUCCUUUCUUAGACACACACCUGGUGGCUGGACUGAAAGCAUGGCAGAGAAGGGGAGGAGGAGACCGUCCUAAACCUGGCCCCUGAAUUGAGCUGGAGUCAUCAGGUUGUGGGAGAGCUUCAUGUCUGCUGCUUUCAGCACCUGACAAAGCUACCCCGGUGUCAUCAGGCCUUGGGACAGAGUCUUCCAACAUCUUAGAUAAAAUGACUCUGUCCCUCAGAGUUUAAGUGCUCAUGGCUGGUCUGGAGCUAGAUAAGUUCCCUCAAAAGCCAACGUGAAAAUGGUGAGGCCCAGAAAACCCCACCACAACUCACCCACCCUUUCUGCAUCCGCGGGUUUCCACUCACAUUCCUCUCUCAGACCUGUCGCGUCUCUUCUGCCAACACAUACCUUGUUGAGAGACUUUCAAAGCUUCCUACCCACCCUCACCAGUGCUUCCCUCACUACAAAAGCAGGAGCAUUGGUGCCCCCAAAUUAAAAUCAUCCCCAAACAAUGUCAAAGAGAUACUGCGAGUAGUUUUCGGGGGAGAGAGAUUUUCUCCUCUCAAGUCUAGGAGAAAACUGGAUCCAUGUUCACGUGUAACUGCUCUCACGGAGGUGCGAUCUCAUUUUGCAUUAAACUUUAAGCAGGACAGAUUGCUGAAGCCAUGAUAUUUAAGGUUUGACUUUUUAAAAAUCUCAUUACUCUUAAAAUGAAUGCUGCCAUAUCAGAAAAUAACCCAGGGAGGAAAUUCCUCCUUGCCUGUUUUUGCACUGAAAUGCAAUUAGCCAACCAAAUUAUUGUAGCAAUAGUGCAAUUAUAAUUAAUUUUCACCCCUUUCAAAAAUCUUGUCAGACCAGGCAGCUAAAUAGCUCAGCAAAUGUAAAACAUGCCAGGCCAUUUCCUCUAAAUGGACCUUAAAGAGUCAGGCCAUGUGUGUCAUUCUCGUCCAAACGCGAGCUUAUUUUGGGAACCUCACACUUGUUAUUCCAUGGCAGUAGCUUUGCUUCAGGUUGCGGUGAAUAAUGAUAUAGUUUUGCAUAAUUCCAAAUUAGAGUGGGUGAGUGUGUGUGUGCGUGUCCAGACAUUUCCAAUCACCUGUGUCAAACAUUUUUUUAAAAAAAUCUAAAGACAAUUCUAUUGCCUAAAUCAUUUUAAGUAUUUUAUAAGUGCAUGAUUCCCUUUGUGAAGACUUCAAGUAAAAAGAUGUAGGGUGUGUGUGUGUGUGUGUUCUAACAGUAGUUGGAAGAGCCUAGAAGAGGCUGAGAGCGGAUCAGUUUUACAGUCGCUUGGUUUAGAAUGCCUCCCAGCUGCAACUUGGAGCAGAACCCACUCUAGGCUGUUAUGACCAGCUAUCCCCUCUGCUGCCAGCAGGGUGCGCCCUGGAGGCAGUUGGGGGACGGUUCUGGGGUUCUGGGCCUGCACCCCUCAGGCUGGCUGGAAGGGUCAAGCCAGCCCAGGGCCCCUGUGACUGAGGCAGAGACCUAGCCAGGCAGCCCGUGGGGCAGGGAACAGACAGACGUCUUGAGCGCCUUGUUUAGUUCCCACCAGAGCGUUCACCGGGCUCCCAUCAUUUCUCUUCAGCGGGGCUGCCAAGGUUUUUUCCUUUCAUCAGGAAAAAGGAAUGAAGAACUCCUCAGGAGAACCAAAUGGGAGGAAUCCUGAGCGAAGGUUGGUUUACUUCAGGAGGAAACCAGUGAGAGAGGGAAGAUACAACUAUAAAUUUCAUAGGAAAACAAUAAAAGAGCACCUCUUCUAACAGCCUCAACCCUUGAAGCAGCAAUAACCUAUUUUUGUAUUUAUGUGCUGUAUGGAAUAUUUUUUUUAAUUAAAAUCAUUUUUUUAAUUAUUUUUUGAGAUUGCUUUAGGAGAAUUUUGUCGUAACUCUGAAGAUAAUUGGAAACUCCCAGCAGUGACCAAGGACUUGAAUUUAGUCAUUGGCAGAAAGUCGGGAAAGAUGGAAAUAUUCCCCUUGAUGUCUCCAUAGUCAGGUUUUCAUACAUGUGAGCAGGUGAGUGCCAGUGUUUGCUCUCACAGGGCACUUUUUCAACUCUUCCCUGGUGGGGUUACAGGAUGAAGAGAUUGGACUCACCUUUCUUUUUUUUAAACCUCAGAUAAGAAGACAUCGGGUUGUGAGGGAGGAGGUGACCUUUUUAAAGCUGCAAUAUUUUGUUAAGGAGAGGGGUGAAAACCUGUUGGUGGAUGUGGUUUAUUUUGUACCAUAAACACACUCCACCAACUGAGUAGUUGCCCAGCUGUGCUGUUGUCUCACCAUGUCUUAUAUUCCUGGUGGCAUGAGAGGGCCGCCUGGGGACCCCAGAAGUGAAUCCAGAAGUCUAGAGAUGCAGUCAUUCCUCUUUCCAUCCUUCUAUGUCACCCCGGGGACGACGCCCCGCUUCGCUCACACGGCCCUUGAGCUUCCAGCCCAACUGCUGGUCGUGCUGUUGUGCUGUCGAGGGAAGUUCCAGGGGGUCCUUCCCCCCCAGUGGUUACCCUAAUCGAAGACGAUUCCUUCCUGGACAAUUGGAAGCUGGAUUGUUGAAAAUCUAACCUUGACUUGAAAGAGAAUCUCUGUUAUUUAUGGCCACCAGUUAAAUAUUAUGGAAACAUGUCUGCUAACAAUUUGCUUUGUGUAAUUUGUUCUAAUGCUAAUAAGUCACAGCUGGGAUACUUCCUGUGGUAAAUUCCUCUGUGGUUACAGUGGUAUUAUCACACACGGACUUCACCAAAACACUGUGCUUAAGAAGAACCGUUCACCCUGGCUCUCUCAGGCUUCAGGAAAUUCCCCUAACGGAGACGCAGCUCUGGGCAAAAGCACAGCGUUUAGAAAAGGAUUUGCUCUUCCUCGCUCCCUCCCUUUCACAAGCGGGGCCCCAGACCCAUACAGAAGCCCCUCACACUUAGCACUGAGUUUGAGUUCCUCCAGAGGAAGAGAUGGAAAGCAGAACUUAGGAAUGACAGCUCCCUCCAGGUUAGGAGGCUGUACCCGGAGUCCGUAUUAAGAGGAGGUGGGCAGGAGAGAGGAGUGGAGACACUUCCAAAGGCGAAGAGCUAGUUCAGCAGUCGAUCAAAUAAUGAGGUCAGAUACUUGUGGAGACAACAGCGUCUUUCCGUCUAAACGGUCUAAGUAGACCACUCAGACUUGCUCCGGGCUGCCGGCCCAUCAUGCUCUGCUCUGUUGCUCUACCAUGUGACCUGAGCCUCGGAGUUGGUUCUGUGCAUUGGCGCUUCAUACAAAAGGCCGACACAGGCGUCUUCCCUUAGAUCCUACUUUGGAACACGCCCAGAGCCUUGUGUUUCCCAACAGCUCACUCUGAAAUAGCGGGCCCUGAUGGGGUGUCACUUCACAUUCAUCUGGGUGACCGGAGACCGCCUCCAUCAUAAAUGUAGCACCCCCACAUCUCAGGAAGGCUCUGCCUUCCCCACCCAGCACUGGACCGCCUUCCCCCACAGCCCUGAGAAAUGGCUGUGCCUGAGGACGUCCCAUUACGGGGAGUUCACUCCCAUAGGAAGUGGCUUAUUUCUCUGUUGGACAGCUCUGGUUGUGAAAAAGUUCUUUCUCAGGGAGACACAGAUGUCUGCGAAUCAGACACAGACGUCUGAGAUGAAGCCAACUCUGCAAUCUUUCUCUUUUUAACAGAGCUUGUCCGUGCAGUAACCGCACCUAUAAUACAAAUCGAUGUUGGCGAGCAGAUCCCCGCUCUGUUACAUUAGAAUAGAGGAGCAGACGCUUUAUAUAAAUGUAGAACUUAGUUAGGUCGUGGCCAUCAGAUUCAUCAGCCCUGUCGUGAAAACCUAGCAAAAUUCCUGUGGCCACACACACACACACACACACACACACAAAGAGUGUCCUGGGAGAAUCUUCAGUGUCGUCGUAAAUCUGGCUGUGGUCACACAAGCAAUAUGAGUUACGUAAGCUUGUGUGAAUGAAUCUAUAAGGCCGUGUGCUUCGUUAACUGGGGAAAAAAUGCUGUGAGGCACCGAGGGCCUAGCUCUUAAUUGUACUCAUUAGUGAUAUAAUGAACUAAGGAAGCUUUAGUUUAGAGAAAAACAAGUUAUAAUUGAUGACAGAAAAGUAAACAUGGUCUGUCGUGAAGGUCUGAAGAGUUAUGCAGUUAUAACCCCAAACCCAAGUUACAUUUCAUGCUUGUGUGUGCAUGCAUGAGUGACUGUGCAUUUGUGAGUUAAUGCAACAGGAAGUGGGAAGUGGGAAUUGAGGGGAUGUUUAAGGAGGCAUUGAAGAGGGAGGUUUUGCUUUCUAGAGCAUUCUAUCUUAGUCAGAAGAACUAUCUAGCAAUGAUUUAGAUAUCAGACCCCAAACUAAACAUAACACAUGGUUUAUGUAGCUUACUUAGAUAAAAUUCUGGCUCAUGGAGCAGAUUCUCUAUGAAAAUAUUUUUUUGUAUUUUUAAGUUUUAAAAUUUUUUUAAUGUUUAUAUUUGAGAGAGAGAGAGAACCAGCAAGAGAGCGACAGAGAGAGACACAGGCAGAAUCCAAAGCAGGUUCCAGGCUCUGAGCUGUCAGCACAGAGCCUAAUGUGGGGCUUGAACUCACAAGCUGUGGGAUCAUGACCUGAGUCAAAGUCGGAUGCUUAACUGACUGAGCCACCCAGGUGCCCCUCUACGAAAAUAUUUAAAUCUUGGUGCUUGGAAAAAGGAACUAUCUAGCACCUUGCAUAGCACUUGCCGUAUAAAAGACACCUUGUUAACGAACCGUGUGAACCAAUGCUUGAGCGGUUUUCACAUUUUUGUCGAAAAACCCUAACUUCUCUUUGAACCCCGUUAUCUUUAUUGAAAGGAGAAUUGCCAAAGCGGAGCCUGACACCUUUUAUUCCUGGCUCUCCCAACCUCCCCAGUCACCGACUUGCAUCUUUUUGUCUUAUGAUCUCACAUUCCUGCUUGGCCUAGUGGUCUCCUGCAGGCAUUAGAGAGUCGUACUUACAGCUUUACUUUUAAGCAUCAUGUCCUUCUCCUUCGCAAUCUGUGAUGCCUCGCACAAAUGCAUCGGGUUUCCAUCUGCGGGUAAACUGUACAGGGAGGUAAGCAUCUCUCGGGGAGGGCCACAGAGCUCUUUCCAUGACCCCCACACUCCUUGUACCUUGCUCCCCUCAGAGUGGGCAGGUAGCUGAACUGGGCCUCCUGCAUGAGGCACUCUGUCACAGGUAUGUCACAGAGGUAAGCCUCUUUGAGAAGACACAGCCUGCAGGACAUGGAUAGAAGAGAACCUUCCCUGUCCUCUUUCAUUCUUUACCAUCUCUGUCCUUGAGAACAGACUCAGAAAUAUCUGGGGCUUCUCUUUCUUCCCAAAUGGUUCCAUAGGAGCACUGAGAAUAGAAUCAUGAGACCGAUUUUUUUUUUUU